AUGACGCCCCGGCUGCUCCCCCUGUUGCUGCUGCUCCUGGCUGGGCCCCCCGCCGCCAGGCCCACUCCCCCGACCUGCUACUCCAGGAUGCUGAGCCUGAGCAGGGAGAUCACGGGGGACUUCCGGAGCCUGCAGGCCACAGAGCCCGCGGAGCCGUGUGUGAGAUACCUGCCCAGGCUGUACCUGGACAUACACAAUUACUGUGUGCUGGCCAAGCUGAGGGACUUCGUGGCGUCGCCCCAGUGCUGGAGGGUGGCCCAGGUGGAUGCCUUGAGGGACAAAGUGCGGAAACUGUACACCAUCAUGAACUCGUUCUGCAGGAGAGAUUUGGUGUUCCUGUCGGAUGACUGCAAUGCCUUGGAAUACCCAAUCCCGGUGACCACGGUGCUGCCAGGUCAUCAGAGCUAAGGCAGCCCUGACCAGAGAAAGAACCCAAGGGGACUGAAGCUAUGUCAGCUGCCCAGACACGGUGGGCUAUACCGUGGCCCCCACAGGUCUUCCUUACCGUAGCAGCUGAAGCUGUCACGUGUGUUUCCACUUUCUGGAAAGCAGGGCUUGUGUCCCUACCCUGGAACCAACUUUGAACAUAGUUAGAAGCCUUGCUUCUCAUUCCCCUUGGUUUUACCUUGCCAGGAUGGUUAGAUACACGAGCAUGUUUAUUUGGUCGCUAAGAAGAAAAAGGCAAACCAGCUUUUCUUGUAUGAACAACUAUCUUGAGAACGAGCAAAAUAGCGUAUUUGUAGUACUGCUUUAAUGGAGUCGUGGUGCCAUUUUUCUUUCUUGAUAGGAACCUGCUUACAUUUAACCAAGCUUCUAUUCUAUACCCUCUCCCACCACAAACUUUCCUUACAUUAUCUUUCAUUUUUAAAGAAGUCUUACCGCCUGUAAAACGUAUUUUGCAAGAUUCAUGAUUACAUAGUGCUGACGGGAACUUUAAAGGUGACGAAGAUCAAAUAA